AUGGCGGGGAAGGCAGGCAGCGGUGGCGGGGGGAUCGGUGGGGGGAUGGGGGAGCUGUCCCUGGAUCGGGUGCUGAAGUCGUACGAUCAGCCAAUCAAUGAAGAGCAGGCGUGGGCCGUGUGCUACCAGUGUGCCCGGGGACUGUGCCAGGGAGCGGGGGCACCGACCGCCGCCCGAAUCCGGGACCCCGCAUCGCUACUACUGAACCGGGAUGGGACCGUCACCCUGGCGGCUCCGGAGACCCCGGAAGGAGCCCCCAUUCCAUCCAUCACAGAGACUCAGAUGGUGCAAUGCCUGGGCUUCGUCAUCUACCGAGCGCUAGACUGGGGGCUGGACGAGAGCGAGGAGCGGGAGCUCAGCCCCCAACUGGAGCAGCUCAUCGACCUCAUGGCUGCCAGCGAAUCGGAAGGCUCCAUGGCGGAUGAGGGCUAUGAGGGCACCGAGGAUGAGGAUGAAGACGGUCCUCCUCGGGUGGUGCGCAGCUAUUCGGCGGUCCUGCGCUUCUGCGCCUCCCGCCUUCCAGAACCCAAAGAGGCGCCAAUCCACUACCAGGCGGUGUGCCGGGCGCUCUUCGCAGAAACCAUGGAGCUCCAAGCUUUCCUCCAUAAAAUACGGGAGGCCAAAGAGCUGCUGAUAAAGAUGCGGGUGGAGGAAGCCGAGCCCGAUGGACUUGAGAACCUGCAGAAAACGGAUUGGGCUCGUUUGUGGGUGCAGCUGAUGAGAGAUCUGCGACACGGGGUGCAGCUGAAGAAGGUGCGGGACAAGACCUUCAACUCUCUGCCCACCGAAUACCAACUCACUCCGUUCGAGAUGCUGAUGCAAGACAUCCGGGCACGCAACUACAAGCUGCGCAAGGUCAUGGUAGGGGGAGACAUCCCUCUGACGGUGAAGAAAGACGCGCAUGAGCUGAUCCUGGACUUCAUCAGGUCUCGUCCUCCUCUGAAGCCGGUGUCCAGUCGGAAUUUGCCACCGUUGCCGAUCCAACAGAGGAGUCUCCAUGAGAAGAUCUUGGAGGAGAUUAAACAAGACCAGAAGCUGCGUCCCGUGGAGACUCGGCAAAAAGGUUUCGGGUCUCUCCCGUGUAUUGUGGACGCUUGUUCCAGCGACAAGAAAUCAACGUCCUGCAUUAACCUCUCCAAUCCGGACCCGGCAGCCCCCCGGCCGCGUUCUCGUGUUCUGCUGAAAGCCCCCACACUGGCUGAGAUGGAGGAGAUGAAUCUGUCUGAGGAGGACGAUUCCCCCAACUCUGAGCUGCGGAGGGUAAUCAGCGCCCCGUUGCCUCUGAAACGCGACCGAUCGUUCUCGGAGCAGGACCUGGCCCGGCUGCAGUGUGAGAUGGGACACGAACCUUCACAGAGAGAGCCGCAGGAGUCGGAGACACGAGCGCGAUCGGGGAGCAUGAACGUCCCGCACGGAGCCAAUCGAGGUUUCUUGAAUUACUCGAGAUGCGGAAGUUGCGGGACCCCCUCCCCCAGCCGCAGUACACUCAGCUCCCUGCAGGAGAAGACCGAACCCGACUCCGGGGCAGACAACAGGCACCGCUGGCUGGAGUUCAGCCACCCGGUGGACACUUUGGCGCUGACGGUGGAGGAGGUGAUAAACGUGCGGCGGGUGCUGGUGAAGGCCGAGAUGGAGAAGUUUCUGCAGAGCAAAGAGCUGUACACCAACCUGAAGAAGGGGAAGGUUUGCUGCUGUUGCCGAUCAAAGUUCCCGCUCUUCUCCUGGCCGGCCAACUGUUUGUUCUGUAAGAGGUCAGCCUGUGGCUCUUGCAGUGGGAAGAUGAAGCUUCCCGCCAAAAAGUUGGGUCACAUUCCAGUCUACAGUGUGGGGUUUGAAUGCCAAUCAGGUUUACUGGGCACAGCUGGACACACACACAAAAAAAAGGACGCCUUCCAGUCCUGUGGUGGUCUGUCCUGGAAGAAUGUAGAGGGCCAGUUCCCCCAGAUCUAUGCUCAGGGGUCCACUCUGAAGGACGUGUGCCUGGACUGCUCCAGCUUCAUCCGCGAUGUGGUGUGCUCCAGCCGGAAGAGCGUGGACAUCCUGAACUCCCGGCCCUACGUGGGGACCUCCCAUCCUCAGUAUCGGACAGUCAAGAAACUGUGAUCCAUGCUGCACUUCCCCUGCCAAAAAUCCACCCAGCACCUUACACCCUCCACCCAUCCCCCCCCUGCUAUAGGGUCACAUGGGGGCAGAACAUGUCAUAACCCCAUCGGCACCAGGCAAUGCGGCUACGUAAUGUUACUGAACGGGACUGGCAGAUAAUCAUCAAAUCUUCUGGGGGCCAUCCCAAGGCUUGAGCACUUACCUUGGACUCCUACCAAGGCCACUUACCUUGGACUCCUACCAUGGCCACUUACCUUGGACUCCUACCAUGGCCACUUACCUUGGACUCCUACCAAGGCCACUUACCUUGGACUCCUACCAAGGCCACUUACUUUGGACUCCUACCAAGGCCACUUACUUUGGACUCCUACCAAGGCCGCUUACUUUGGACUCCUACCAGGGCCACUUACCUUGGGCUCCUACCAGGGCCGCUUACCUUGGACUCCUACCAGGGCCACUUACCUUGGACUCCUACCAGGGCCACUUACCUUGGACUCCUACCAGGGCCACUUACCUUGGACUCCUACCAGGGCCACUUACCUUGGACUCCUACCAGGGCCACUUACCUUGGACUCCUACCAGGGCCACUUACCCUGGACAUCUCUGCAUGGAAGGCAGACUGGUUGCUUUUAAUAGUUGUGUAUAUCCAACACUAUUGCCAGUGCACACUGGUAAACGUCCUGACCCUGCUGGUUUACCUGUAUCUUUUAGUAACUGAAGUGGAGAGCUCUCCCCUCUACAGUCAUUGCAAAACCAAGCAAGUGAGUCUUACUCCUCCUGCUGCACUUCCCUGGGGCCCUAACAACAGCAAGCCCCUUGCAAAGGGUGACCCCCAUUGAGGGGGGGUAUGAGUUCUCACAGCUGGUUACUGGGAAGGUAUAACUGGGUGACACAACUCUCGCAAAUGUAUGCAAAAUGGAAAGAUCAGCUUUUAAGUUUUUGUAAAGAGGACCUGUCACGCUGUUGGGUCUUCUUACUGUUUAAAGAGGAAAGAUCAUUCCUUGCUCUGUAUUUUCCCUUAAAGAGGACCUGUCAUGUCUUCUGAUGUUUGCACCCUUUUAAAAAUGGGCCCAUUGUGCCUUUUUAGGUUUGUAGAUCAUUUUAAAGAGGACCAGUUAUGCCUUGA